UCUGGCUAUUUGAACGGAGUACAUAACCGCCAUCGCCAGAUAUUUGGGUUGACGUAUUUUUAUCUCAGAUCCAUAUACACACACAUCCGCAUCACUCCAUACUUAUUGUACUCGUGGUCUACCAUAUCUUCCUUCGGCAUCCCUUUCUCAUACCAGCCUGUCGGUGUUAAUCCCCCGAGUGAUUUUCCUCGGCUGCAGCUUGACAUAUUUCGAUUAAUGCCGCAUAGUCGUACUACAGAUCAUCAGUACUCCCAAAAAUUAUUCAUUCGCACGUGCCUUUCGACAAAAACACUCCAUCGAAAGAAAGAAUAAAAACAUUGCAGAGAUACCGGAAACAAAACAAAAAAGAAACCACAAUCCCCAAGAAAAGAGAUUCCGAGAUAAAAGUCCCAGGAAAGCUUAUCGCUGAUUCUACGGACCGAAAUAUUUUGGAGGAGAUUUGCCUCAUUGCUGACUGGGCUGGUCGCAAUAUUAAUCGCUCAGAUCUUGUCCUCCCUCAGCAUUCCUCCUGAUUGAUUGACUCGCUAUCGCACAUCAUUUUCCUGGAGAGAAAAAAGGAAAGGGAAAUUAAAAAAGAAGAAUAAUUGGGGAAAUAAUACUUUAGCAAUACAACGGCGGUCUGAGACAAUUGUUCCAACGAGUUACUCAAUCGCCCCUGCUAGCCGCAAAUCCCUCAUACUUUGGUGCCCUCAGGGGAGAUUUAGUGCUCCACCGCUGGACCCGGCGUCCCUUUGGCGCAAGGUACCUAUCGUCGAACUAUACCAGAUAUAUCUGUGGUCCAUAUUAUAUUUAUACGCAAAUCUCUCACCGCCAUCCAUGACUCAAGGCAACUUUUCUUUUCACCAUCGACGCUCUCCUUCCGGUUCGUAUGCCCCGAAGCUGAGAACAGCCCGGCCGGCACUACAUCGGAAAGGCACAUCCUUUGUGAAUCACUCCAUCUCGAAGCUGGGUGCAGGACACACCAGGCAUAGUGAAUCAGAUAACGAGUGUCAAUUCGAGAUGGCGGCCAGUUUUCUCAAUUUUUGUGCCAUGUGCGAGAGACAGAUUACCAUACCGGACAAUUCUCGCCUUUAUUGUAGUGAAAGGUAUGUUGCUCGCCUUAUCAUGACUUUAUCAUCUUCUACCCUGGCACAGCCCCCUUGUCUUCUGUUUAUAUCCCGAAGCAUGCCCCCCUCAACCUACCUUCCUCCCCGAUUUACUUAA